UUUCUAAGGGAAGAUAUGCAAUACAAGGAUGCCUCUAAUAAACAUAGUCACUUGCACAGAGAAGACAAACAUAUCACCAUUGAGGAUCUGUGGAAACGCUGGAAAACAUCUGAAGUUCAUAACUGGACUCAAGAGGACACUCUUCAGUGGCUGUCAGAAUUUGUUGAACUGCCCCAGUAUGAAAAGAAUUUUAGAGACAGCAAUGUCAAUGGAACAACACUUCCCAGGAUAGCAGUAAAUGAACAUGCUUUCAUGAUCUCUCACUUGAAAAUAAUUGACCGGAGCCAUAGACAGAAGCUUCAGCUUAAAGCAUUGGAUGUUGUUUUAUUUGGACCUCUCACCCGUCCCCCUCACAACUGGAUGAAGGAUUUUAUAUUAACAGUUUCUAUAGUUAUUGGUUUUGGAGGCUGCUGGUUUGCAUUUACACAGAACAGAACUUCAAGAGAACAUAUCACAAAAAUGAUGAAGGAUUUAGAAAGUCUCCAAACAGCAGAGCAAAGUCUUCUUGACUUGCAGGAAAGGCUUGAGAAAGCACAAGAAGAGAAUAGAAAUGUUGCUGUGGAAAAGCAAAAUCUGGAGCGCAAAAUGAUGGAUGAGAUCAAUGAUGCAAAACGGGAAGCUCAUCGCCUAAGGGAGUUAAGGGAGGGAGCUGAAUGUGAGCUCAGCAGGCUCAAAUAUGCAGAGGAAGAGCUGGUACAGGUUCGCAUGGCUUUAAAAAAGGCUGAGAAAGAGUUUGAGCUGAGAAGUAAUUGGUCUGUUCCAGAAGCGUUGCAGAAGUGGCUUCAGUUAACACAUGAAGUUGAAGUACAGUAUUACAAUAUCAAAAGACAGCAUGCAGAAAUGCAAUUGGCAAUCGCCAAAGAUGAGGCAGAAAAGAUAAAAAAGAAGAGAAGCACUGUUUUUGGAACAUUACAUGUUGCACAUAGCUCCUCCCUGGAUGAAGUGGACCAUAAAAUUCUUGAAGCAAAGAAAGCACUCUCUGAGUUGACGACAUGUUUGCGAGAGCGUCUUUAUCGAUGGCAACAGAUUGAGAAGAUUUGUGGUUUUCAAAUAGCACACAACUCUGGGCUACCAAGCUUGACCUCCUCUCUCUACUCUGAUCACAGCUGGGUAGUUAUGCCUCGAGUUUCCAUUCCUCCUUACCCGAUUGCAGGGGGAGUCGAUGACUUAGAUGAAGAUACUCCUCCAAUAGUUUCACAGUUUUAUGGGUCCAUUGUAAAACCUCCCAGCACACUGGCAAGAAGCAGUAGCUUGUGUCGAUCAAGACGCAAUGUUGUGCCAUCAUCUCCACAGUCUCAGCAUGCUUUGCACUCCCCUGACCCUGACAUCCUUUCUGUGUCAAGCUGCCCAGCAAUUUAUCGAACUGAAGACGAGGAGGAAGCCAUUUACUUCUCUGCUGAUAAACAAUGGGAAGUACAGGAAACGGGUUCGGAAUGUGACUCCUUAAAUUCAUCCAUUGGAAGGAAGCAGUCUCCUCCAGCAAGUCUUGAGGUGUACCAGAUGAUUUCUUCUCAGAAAGUAUCUCCAGAAGAAUGCUCCCUGGAAGAAUCAUCUACAGGAGACUCCUCUUCUCUAACUGCAGAUAUUUCUAGGGGCUCUCCUGACUGUGUAGGCAUGGCAGAAACUAAAAGCAUGAUCUUUAGUCCUGCAAGCAAAGUUUAUAAUGGAAUCCUGGAGAAGUCCUGCAGCAUGAACCAGCUUUCAAUUGGGAUCCCCAUCCCAAAGCCUCGGCACACCUCCUGUUCUUCAGCCAGCAGUGAUACUAAACCGAGCCAUGAAGCUGCUUCUGUCCCCAGGAUAAGUAGCAUCCCGCAGGACCUGUACCAAAAUGGUGAAAAAAACAAAAAGCCAUCAAAAAUAAAAAGCCUCUUUAAGAAGAAGUGUAAGUGAAGUGGGCAGAAGAAGCCUGUAGUAGUGUUAUAAGAACUCUGUUUUUUAAAUCUUUAGGAAUGUAAUUCCAUUUGAGCAUUCCAAACUGGAUGCCCUGAUGGAAUGCUCUGUAGGUCAACUAUAUUUAACUCACUGUACUGUCAAAGGUUGUGCCAGCUGUCAAUGAGAAAUCAUUAAAAAGUUCAGACAGUUUACAUUCAUUUCUGCCUAUUUAUUUUUUUUUUUUUUGCUUUUUUUUU